GGCAUUCAAGUCAAGCAAGCUUUAAGCAGAGUUUACUCAUCUCUGCUUUAAGUGGUGCAUUCAAGAUAUAAGACUUGGUGUUGAUUGAUUAUUUUUAAAAAGCUGAGAGAAACAAAAUUCUUUUUUUACUUAGACUUAAGUAGACGCAGGCACAAUGGAGUCAAGGACGGAGUUCAAACUUAAAAGCCCACCAACUGAUGCUGUUUCAGCCGUUGAAUUUGGCCCAAAUUCUUCACAAUUUUUGUUGGUCUCCUCUUGGGACAGCUCAGUUCGUUUAUAUGACAUACAAACAAACACUAUGAGAUUAAAAUACACUCACGAUCUUCCAGUUUUAGAUAUAGCUUUCCAGGAUGCAGUUCAUGCUUACAGUGGAGGUUUAGGAAAUACUUUAAAAAUGUAUGACAUCAACACAAACACAGAAACUGUAAUGGGAACACACGAACAACCAAUUAGAAAAAUAGAAUAUUGUGGUGCUGUGAAUGCUAUUUUGACUGGAGGCUGGGAUGCCGCCGUGAAGCUUUGGGAUCCACGCACACCUACUUGCGUUGGAAGUUAUAUUCAGCCUGAUGUGGUCCUAGCACUUUCCAUUUGUGGUGAUAAAUUUGUAGUUGGUACUGCUAAGAGAAAAGUGUGUAUUUGGGAUUUGAGGAAUAUGGCAGGUAUGUUCCAGAGGCGAGAGAGUAGUUUGAAAUAUCAAACCAGGUGUAUCAAAGGUUUUCCUAAUGAACAGGGAUAUGUAUUAAGUAGUAUAGAGGGUAGAGUUGCAGUAGAAUAUUUAGAUACUACUCCUGAAGCCCAGAAAAAAAAGUAUGCCUUCAAGUGUCAUAGAAUAAAGGAAAAUAAUGUUGAACACAUAUAUCCUGUAAAUGCAAUAAGUUUUCACUCUGGGUAUAAUACAUUUGCUACUGGUGGAUCAGAUGGAUAUGUCAACAUUUGGGAUGGGUUUAACAAAAAACGUUUAUGUCAAUUCCAUCGUUACAAUGCCGGUGUUGCGGCUCUUAGUUUCAGUCAAGAUGGUUCUGUAUUAGCCAUAGGUGUUUCAUAUCUAAAUGAAGCGGAAAUUCCACCUGGUGGUAGUGAUGAAAGAGAAGUUUAUAUAAGAUACGUUAACGAUCAAGAAACAAAACCAAAAUAAUAGUGACUAGCAUUUGAUAAAAACAUUUUUAUUACAUUCGAUGAUCGAACUCUUGUUAUUUAACCGCAUUUUUUGCAUAUUGUACACAUUUUUCGUAAGUAUAAGUAUUUUAUUGCUAAAUUAGAUAUUUUUUUAAUUGUUCCGAUUUUUUUUUCUUUUUUUACCAUAACAAAGGAGUGAAUUACACAGUUUGAUAAACAAAAUAAAUACUUUUUUUCAAAUAUUAA